CACGACGUUUCCUUUGUCUCUCCCGCCUCCAUCCUUUUGUGGGCGACCAAGCGGAUGUGAGCAGCCGCUGACUUCCGGUUUCUCUGGCGUGGACCCUGGACCCUUCUCCGCGGGGAUUCCGCCCCUUCCUCGGGAUCUGCUGCCUCUGCCUGUGGAUCAUGCUGCUGCCCCUGCUGCUGCCCCUACUGAGCGCCCUGGCCUCUGCCGUGGAGGUGAAGCGACCCCGGGGUGUCUCUUUGACCAACCAUCACUUCUACGAGGAAUCGAAGCCGUUCACCUGCCUGGACGGGUCCUCGACCAUCGCCUUCGACUGGGUCAAUGAUGAUUACUGCGACUGUCAGGACGGCUCGGACGAGCCAGGGACCUCUGCUUGCCCUAACGGCCGGUUUCACUGCACCAACGCUGGCUACCGGCCACAGUACAUCCCCUCCUCCCGCGUCAAUGACGGCGUCUGCGAUUGCUGCGAUGCCACGGAUGAGUACAACAGCGGCUUUGUGUGCGAGAACACCUGCAAAGAGAUGGGCCGGAAGGAGCGGGAGGCACUGGUGCAGAUGGCAGAAGUGGCCAGGGAAGGCUUCCAGCUCAAGCAGGUGCUGAUUGAAGAAGCGAGCAAGGGCAGGGAAGACAAACAGAGGACACUGGCUGAGCUACAGGAGGGGAAGAAGUCUCUGGAAGAGCAAGUGGAGAUGCUGAGAUCGGGGAAGGAGGCAGCAGAGAAGCCAGAAAAGGAAGCCAAGGAGAUUCACCAAAAGAAGUGGGAGGAACAGAAGGCGGCCGAGAAGGCGGCGCAGGAGCAGGCCCGAGCCAGCGAAGCCUUCCAGGACCUGGACGAUGACGGAGACGGCCUGGUGUCGGUGGCUGAGCUCCAGACCCACGCGGAGCUGGAUGUGGAUGGAGACGGAACCCUCUCAGAAACGGAAGCCCAGACUCUUCUGGGGAACGCCUUGCAGGCCGACGCCGCCAGCUUCCAGGACACCGUGUGGGCUGCAAUCAAGGAGAACUACAAGCCCGAGGGCCUGCCCGACGCCGCUCCCCUGCCCGAGGCCCCGAGAGAAGAGGCCCCAGAGCCCCAGCCGGACCUGCCCCUGGAGCAGCCAGCUCCCGAGGAUGACUAUGAUGACGAGGAAGAGGAGGAGGGCGACGAUGAUGAGAGCAACGAAGAGGAGCCAAAGGUCCCGCCACCCAAGCAGCCGUCCGACAAGGCAGCGGAGGAGGACGAGGAGGAGAAGAUGCCCCCUUAUGAUGAAGCAACGCAGGCCCUCAUUGACGCCGCCCAGAAGGCCCGGGAGCAGUUUGAAGAAGCCGAAAAGUCUCUGAAGGAAAUGGAGGAUUCCAUCCGGAGUCUGGAGAAGGAGAUCUCGUUUGAUUUUGGCCCCCAGGGGGAAUUCGCGUAUCUCUACAGCCAGUGCUACGAGCUCGCCACCAAUGAGUACGUUUACCGGCUCUGCCCCUUCAACAGAGUGUCCCAGAAACCCAAACACGGCGGAGCCGAGACCAACUUGGGCACGUGGGGUUCGUGGGCCGGCCCGGACGAGAGCAAGUUCAGCCUCAUGAAGUAUGAACACGGGACAGGCUGCUGGCAGGGCCCCAACCGCUCCACGACAGUGAAGCUGACAUGCGGCAAAGAGACCGUGGUCACGUCCACCACGGAGCCAAGCCGCUGCGAGUACCUGAUGGAGCUGGUGACGCCGGCCGCCUGCCAGGAGCCCCGCGACCCUGGCGCCGCUGACCACGACGAGCUGUGAGGGGCCAGGAGAGCCAGAGAAUCUCUCCCACGGCCCCACUUCCCAACCAGGCCAUUCCAGGGGGUGGCUGAGGACGCUGGUCCAGUGACUCUCCUCCCCCAGCCCUGAUCCAGACCUCACCACUGCCCACAGCUGUGCCCCCUGCUGCCCCCACCGGGAUCUCCCAGCACCCGCCUGUCCGGACAGACGCCCAUGGCCUGCCAGCCAAUUUUGGAUCUUCAAGAUCCUUGGUGCCUUUUCUACACCAGAAUGAGAGUCGUACCCCGUGCCCGCCGGGCAGCUGCCAGCUCCCCACCCGGCACAGGGCCGGGCCCUGCUGCUACAGGCUGCCUCCACUGGAUUCCCCUUCAGCCUGGCACAGGUCCCUGGCAGUGCCCCCGACGCCCUGGGUGGAUCUGCUGGGAGCGCCGCCCACGUGCCCAGUGACUCGGGGGCUCCUGUCAUCAGCAGAGGAUCCUGAGGCCAAAAACUUCCAUGCCAGGAGGGUGCCCCCCCUACACCCAGGAGCUGCCCCUUGCCCCCAGCCCCUGCUGUCGACUGAGCCAGGCCGGGAGGCCGAGGGCGGGGAGGCCCUCAGGGGUCCCGGCCCCCGGCCAGCGACACGGGAGCGAGCGGAGAGAACACGCGUCAAGGAUUUCCAUCUCAAUAAAGAAAAGUUUCGCUCCA